AUGGCGCCUGCCAAUGGGCACCUGCUGCUCCCCAAAAUUUGGAGAGCAGCAAGGUUCGCCUACGAGAAGGCUGCUAAGGCUAUAAGAGCCAAACUCCCAGAACCCACACAACAUCCUUCACUACGAUAUCAGCCUGUUUACGCUCGUGUCAAUGCUCGCCAGCCUAUCAACCGCGCCGCUGCUAUCCGACAAGCCCGUAGCCGCUACUUCUCUACCCGUGCGGCUGGUGCCUUUGUCUCAGCCGUUCGAUCCGGUAUCCAGGCCGAUGUCAAUGCUUACAGGACGACUCGGGUUGCUUCGAAUCUCAGCAAGAUUACUACUCGUGCUCCAUUUGCGUCUACGCUUCGUCCAAACUUGACCGGGGGAACGCUUGGUCGUACUGCGGGUGGAUAUACCAUCGGCGCUGGGCGGUUCGGUGGUGCCCGGUAUUUCUCCCAUGGGCCUGCUGCCCCGGCUCAGGUUAUUCAGAAUGUUUCCCAGGGCGUGCGGGCGUUCUUCUUGUCGGGUCAGAAAGUGCGUUUCGAUGGAAUUGAUCCGCAUACCGGUGAGAAGCGGUACAAGGCUGUUAGUGUCUUGCAGGACCAGGCUGGUCGUAAGAUGACUGCUGUCCCUCGCAAAGCUUCCGGGUCGAGCCUUGACUUCCAGCUUUCGCCUACUAUCACCGCCUUUGGUGCUUUCAGCGCUUUGAAUAAGCAGACUGGCUCCGAGGCUGUUCAAACUUUGAACUCGGAUGGCCUUAUGGACCUGCUUUCUGCCGACUUUGCCCGGGCUCUGAAGGAGUUUGCUAUCGUGGUGAAUGACCUGAAGCGUCUGUCGACGUUGGGCGAUCUGCCAAUCUCUCUGCACAAUCGCUCGACGAUUCGAGUACGAUUCCCAGGUUGCGAUGCAGAGACCGUCGAACGUCUAUGCGACGAAGUUGGAAUUCAACGAGGCCGAAUCACCCAAGACGAAGACUUUAAUCUUCGAACCGGCGCUGACCUGGCUCUCCUGUUCCCCUUCGCCCCCAGCGUAGCCGCCUCCUCGGAGACAGAGUAUCUCUUUGAGAAGCCAUCUAAUCCACCUACCCACCCAUCCAACGACAUUGACUGGCACGGCAUGCUCACGCCCGAAUUCGGCAGCCCCUUCACCGGAGACUCGGGCCAUGACUCCGGCCACGCAAUCAGUUUCGAGGAUAAAGAGCUGUUUGGCAGUAACCCGUGGACAUCCUCGCACUCUGCUUACUCGAGCAUUAACAUCAGCGAGCUCGGCGAUAGACCAUUCUUCCCGGAAAUCUCUAGCGCUGGUCAGCCGGAGCCUACGCCGGAGUAUGACGUCGAGGGGAUCUACAAGUUCCUGGCUGAAUGUGAUCGGGCUCGUCGUUGA